CUCACCUGCUCACGCGCUGUGGUGCCUGGCUAAGGUACUUUACCUACCUAUUCCAGAAUUGAUUUUGGAAGCAGGGGCUGCAGUAGGUAGGGUAGUCAGGCGCUGUAAAUUACAUCCAUUGUAGGUGCCCACUAGGGAGGUAUCUUGAGUACCUUAGGGAAGGUAUGGAGUACGCUCCCACAACAACUCCGCCGCCGGACUACCUAAGAGUACGGCCUACCUACUUCUACCUAAAUCUACCUACCCUACGAAUACGGAAGGACACGUAAUCGAGGCAAUUCAUUUCUAGGUACCUUAGGUAUCCGACUUAGUGCAGUCGUGUUCAACACGAAUACCUAGAUAAACGACCCUCCAGUCUGGCGGCACAGAACGGCCAGGCUAUCACUAAUAUUCCACCUUCGUUACCACCUGGUCCACCUCUCGUCAGCACGCCACCACGCUACAGCUCUCUCGGUCUGGGCUGCGAUAGAGUGCGCCACUGCCCGUCGUACCUACUGUAGGUAGGUACGGUAGGGUAUUUACCUUACCUACCUCACUUGGAUUUGGAUUGGAUCGCAUUUAGCCAACCAAACCCAGGGUGAUGCGAGACCUGCGACCCUGCCUCUUCCGUGUUGGUGGACUUGAUCUGAUCUGAUCUAGAUCUAGAUUUCUUCACUAUUAUUAUUCCGUCCCUUCCCUCCCCUAUCCUUCCGUUUGGUUUUCCCUUCCUCCUUCCUACCAUACUAUUUCACCACUCACUCGCUCACCUUCCCUCCCAAUCCCAAUCACAAUCCCAAGCUUCGCCGCGACUACCACAAGCGCUUCUUCUCUUCGGCCUGUCGUUUCCCUCCAUUUGCUGGCAUUUGCGCCGUGACUCUCUUUCAACUCUACGGACACGCCAAUAGACACAACCCGCCGCCAUGGUCAAAGUAAUCCCUCUCGUGUCGGUGUUGACAGUGGCGACAGCACUCUUCAGCACUGCAUCUGCCGCGCUUGACCCAGUCGUCAUCAAAGGCUCUAAAUUCUUCUAUAAGACCAAUGGCACCCAGUUCUUCAUCAAAGGUGUUGCUUAUCAGCAAGGUGUUGGCCAGAAUGGUGGUGGAUCCACCGAUGGAAAUACCGGAUAUACCGACCCUCUCGCAGAUGUGACAACCUGCCGUCGAGAUAUUCCGCUCCUCCAAAAAGCCGGCGCAAACACUAUUCGCACCUACGCCAUCGAUCCUACCAAAGACCACACACAAUGCAUGCAAUUGCUGGAUGCCGCUGGAAUUUAUGUGAUCAGCGAUUUGGGAGAACCAAAUUUGUCUAUCAAUCGCCAAGAUCCUGAAUGGAAUGUCGAGUUGUUGAAUCGCUACAAAGCUGUUGUUGAUUCUCUAGCCAACUUUACGAAUACCAUUGGAUUCUUUGCUGGAAACGAGGUUCCCAACAACUUGUCAUAUACAGGAUCUUCCGCGUUUGUCAAAGCCGCAGUCCGUGAUACAAAGGCAUACAUCAAGUCCAAGGGAUAUCAUGCAAUGGGCGUUGGAUAUGCGGCUGACGAUUUACCAUCAGUCCGUGCCAAUGUUGCCGCCUACUUCAACUGCGGACCUACUGAAGAUCAAAUUGACUUUUGGGGAUACAAUAUAUACGAAUGGUGCGGAAAUUCAGACUACGUUACUUCUGGAUACAAGGAUCGCGUUGCCGAGUUCUCGGAAUACUCUGUCCCAUCUUUCUUCGCUGAGUAUGGUUGUAACACCCAGGGUGGUGGAGCAGCUGGUCGCAAGUUCACCGAGAUACCAGCUAUUUAUGGCUCCAACAUGACUGAGGUCUUCUCAGGUGGAAUUGUCUACGAAUUCUUCCAAGAAGAGAAUGAUUAUGGACUUGCAUCGGUGGACGGAUCUUCUAUCAGCACUCUCGCCGACUACGCUCCAUUCUCCUCACAACUUAAUGCUGCCACGCCUACUGGUGUCAACUCCGCAAGCUACAAUCCAACCAACACAGCUGGUCAAUCUUGCCCAGCCGUCGCUUCAACCUGGGCCGUUGCGGCAACCGGUCUUCCACCUACUCCAAACCAAUCUGUUUGUGACUGUAUGAUGGCCUCCCUUACCUGUACGGUCAACACCAAGAACGUCAAUGACACGCAAUUGGGUGAUCUUUUUGGACUAGUUUGUGGUUACAAUGACGGUAAAGCCUGUACAGGAAUUCUGACUAAUACCACCUCUGGACAAUAUGGGGCCUACUCCAUGUGCAGCCCAUCAGAGAAGCUCUCUAAUGCAUUCGAUACUUAUUAUCAACAACAGAACAAGGCUUCCACCGCCUGCGAUUUCGAUGGGGCAGCCCAGGUUGUCAAGGCUGCAGGUGCCGCGAGCAGUUGUUCAAGCAUCAUUGCCGCAGCUACAUCCGGAGGCGCAACUAUUCCAAGUGGAUCCGGAUCUGGUUCAGCUACCUCGACCAGCAAGAAGAGUGAGGCGACUGGAAUGGUAUUCAGUGCAAGCUUGGGUAUGGGCAAAUACGUCGCAAUCGGUUUCACACUUGUUGCUGUUCUUUCUGGAGCCGGCAUGAUCCUGUUGUAG